AUGGAUCCAAACACAAAUUUUGUUCAGUGCCCUGAAGGAGAAUUACAAAAAAGGAAGGAAGUAGUCCACACAGUUACUCUACACGAUAUUGACGCGAUUAAUAGCAGGACACAAGGCUUUCUAGCGUUAUUUUCAGGAGAUACUGGAGAAAUUAAAAACGAAAUUAGAGAGCAUAUCGACAUGAAAAUUAAUGAAUGGCAAGAAGAUGAAAAGGCGGAAAUUGUACCAGGGGUUUUAUUUAUUGACGAAGUACAUAUGUUAGACAUCGAAUGUUUUUCCUACUUGAAUAGGGCCCUCGAAAGUGAGCAAUCUCCCAUUGUUAUUAUGGCAACAAAUAGAGGUAUUACACACAUUAGAGGAACGGACUAUAAAGCUCCCCAUGGAAUACCCCUCGAUCUGUUAGAUAGAACUCUUAUUAUACCUACCUACCCGUAUAAGCAUCAAGAUAUAAUGAAAAUUUUAGAACAAAGAGCUGAAGAGGAAGACGUCGAAAUUGAUGAGUAUGCCAAGGAGCUGUUGUGCAAAAUUGCAUCGGAGUCAUCCCUAAGAUACGCACUGCACCUGAUCACACUGGCCAAUUUAGUUUCCAAAAAAAGAAAAGCCACGGAAGUUACUGUCCAGGACGUCAGAAGGGUUUACAACCUAUUUAUUGAUGUCAAAAGGAGCACGCAGUAUUUAAUUGAAUACCAAAAUGAAUUCAUGUUUUCGGAGUUGCCCAAGGAGGACGAGGGCGCCAAGGAGGAGGACUCCUACGACGAAAAGAGGGAAAUACAGGAGAAGAAGUCGGCCAACGACGCUGCGGAU